AGAAACCAAGAAAAAUUCCCCCAUCACUCCUCUCAUCGAUUACAUCAAAAGCAAAGCUAAGCAAAGCAAAGCUAAGCUAGUUUUACUCACUUAGAUUCCCCACUCUCUCUCUCUUAAGCCUAGCAAAAAUCCAACUUAGAGAUCCUCCUUUUAAUCAUUCUCUAGACCCCAAAACCCAACCCAAUUCACUGUUAAAAACACAACCAACCCAUCUCUUGUUGUCCAAUCCAAAGACUCAUAUCAUAUCAUAUCAUCUUUUCUUUUCUUUUCAUAUAUGUGGGUGGGACUUUGGUUUUAAAUGGAUACUUUGUUUACACUCGUCACCCUUCAAUCUCAUCAUCAUCAUCAUCAGCCCCAUCCCCAUCACUCCUUCAACUCCUCCACCAUUACUUCAAGCAGCUCUAGAUCUUCCAGACAACAACAAAACCACCAAUCCGACGAAGAAUGCUUCAACUUUUUCAUGGAUGAAGAAGACUUCUCUUCUUCUUCUUCCAAGCACUACUACCCUUAUCACCACCACCAACCACCCUCCACCACCACUACCACCACCACAACUACUCCACCACCACACCACCAUGCCUUUGAAUCAGCCCAAUUCUCUUUCUCCCCCGCCCGAGACCUAAACAUCGAAUUCGCCUCUUCUGGCAACUGGGCCUCCAAUAUCCUCCUCGAGGCAGCCAGAGCUAUUGCUAAUAAGAAUAGUGCUCGAGUCCAACAAUUGAUGUGGAUGCUAAAUGAGCUGAGCUCGCCUUACGGCGACAUAGACCAAAAGCUAGCUUCUUACUUUCUUCAAGCCUUGUUUAGCCGCGUGACGGACUCCGGUGAGAGGACUCACCGGACUCUGAUCUCAGCUUCGGAGAAAAAUUCUUCAUUCGAAUCCACACGAAAAAUGGUGUUGAAAUUCCAAGAAGCGAGCCCUUGGACUACGUUCGGUCACGUUGCUUGUAAUGGUGCAAUCAUGGAAGCUUUUGAAGGUGAGCCUAAGCUUCAUAUAAUUGACAUUAGCAACACUUAUUGCACCCAAUGGCCUACUUUGUUGGAAGCCUUAGCGACUCGCACCGAUGAGACGCCCCACCUCCGCCUCACCACGGUGGUGUCCGCCGGCGGCAGCGGCGGAGAGGGGGCAGCGGCGGUGCAAAAGGUGAUGAAAGAGAUCGGAAAUAGAAUGGAGAAGUUCGCGAGAUUAAUGGGUGUUCCGUUCAAAUUCAACGUAGUACACCAUUCUGGAGAUUUAUCGGGGUUGAAUUUAUCGAAAUUGGAUAUCAAAGACGACGAAGCGCUCGCGAUCAACUGCGUCGGCGCUUUACACUCAGUCGCGGCAGUGAACAACCGCCGCGACGUGGUGAUUUCGAUAUUCAAGAGUUUGAAUCCGAGGAUUGUGACGGUGGUUGAGGAAGAAGCUGAUCUCGUAGUGGGCGACGAUGAUGGGUUCGACUUCGUUAAGGGGUUCGAAGAAAGCUUGAGAUGGUUUAGGGUUUAUUUCGAGUCGUUGGAGGAGAGUUUUCCGAAGACGAGCAACGAGAGGUUGAUGCUGGAGAGGGCGGCGGGGAGGGCGGUGGUGGACCUGGUGGCGUGUCCGGCUGCGGAGUCGGUGGAGAGGCGAGAGACAGCGGAGCGGUGGUCGCGGCGGCUACAUGGUGGGGGGUUUGGGCCGGUUUCGUUCAGUGAUGAGGUGUGUGAUGACGUCAGAGCGCUGCUAAGGAGGUACAGGGAGGGGUGGUCGAUGACGCAGGCGGCGGAGGCUGCCGGAAUAUUCUUGACGUGGAAGGAGCAGCCGGUGGUGUGGGCUAGUGCGUGGAGGGGUUGAUUGAGAGUGGGGGAACACACAGAUGGUGGUGGGCUCGCAUGUGUGGUUUUUUUGACACGUGUAUGGGGAGUUGUGUGGGUUUGUUAUUGGAAGGGGUUUUAGAUUGAUUGAUCUUUGAUGUAAAAAGCAAGAUUAAGCCAUUGCUUUUUUUUUUUUUUGUCUUUUUUUCUUUUUUCUUUUUUUUCCAAUUGAUUGAAUGAAUGAUGAAUAGGGAAGUGAAGUAAUAUAUAUUCUCAUUUGUGAUUAUUUUUGUUGUCAUUGAAGAAGAAGAA